UGUUCGGUGAUACAAAUGGUGUCCACACCCCUUCACCAAUUAGAGAAGAGUGUUACUUGCAAUUGGUUGAGGAGACCAAACCGGAGGGCGAAUGCUCGCAGCUGGAGAAAAAGGGAAGCUUGCUUUGGAGAUAUAUUCAGAAUAAGUUCAAUGGUGGUGAUGGAAAAUGUGGGACAACAGAAGCUUUAUGAGAUGGAGUCAUGUUGUCAAAACAUAACCAAACUGAAUCACUUCAAACGUAUCAUUCUAAAGGAGGUGAUAAAGAGGGAAGAAAACAAUUCAGGUUAUCAGUGAUCCUGCAUAGAACACUGGCCUUGGAAGUCAAGAGAUUUAAAUACCAACUCUUCUACAUAUUUAAGUUUUUAUUUCUACUUAUUUAACUGAGCCUCAGUUUCUUCACCUGAAACAAAAAUGUAUACCACCUAUUCAAUGGCUAUUAAGAGAUUUAAAUAAGCUAGCCUACACUAAGCAAUUAGUAAUGUCCUUUUGUGUGCAAAACUAAUACCACAAUCAUUUCUGAUAGAUUUCUAUAAACAUAAACAAUGUAUACCAGCUUCAAGGUCCCUUCAGUCUGUGUCUCGGACUGUGUAAAACAAAUUAAUUAGUGUACUUAUUUAUUAUUUACUGCUUCUGCAAAUUAAGAGACAGGGUCUAUUAGAUCCACUCAAGAGACACUUGUCAUUUUUGGACACGGACUAUACCAGAGUUUAUGACAUCCAUUAAGGAUGUAAUUUACCCUAAACGGUUUAAAAGCGUUAAAAAAAUCCCACAAACUCAGAGUUUAUGAUAGAUCUGUCACAGAAGUGAAAGAGAAUGAUUACAGAGAAAACUGAAAAGAAGCUAGCACUCUUUU